CUCCUCUUUCCUUGAUUUGAACCAAAGAGAACUUAAUUGUUGAAUUUUAUAAGCAAGUUGCGUUUUCAGCAGCUUAAUUUGAAUGAAAUAACACGUUGUACCAGAAGAAAUAAAAUAAAAUUAUUGACAUCGGUCCAUCGCCGAGAGUUCCGAAACAUUGUCUCUUCAUCUCUUCCUCCUUUCUUAGAAUCUUCUUCCCAGCAAAACCCAUCACCUCCAUCUCAAACUUCCCCAAAAAACACCCAUAUCUCACCACAAAUUCACACCAAUGUCACUCGUUUCUUUCGCCCUAACAGGCGCAGGUUUCAUCCUCAUAGGCUCUCUCCAAUCCCUCCUAACUUCCCAAUCCAACAAACUCAACAAACUCUUCCACAUCACUCUCUCAAUCUUCACCUCUUUCAUCACACUAUCCUCCAUCAUUUCGAUUCUCAUCUCCCACACCUCAAACGACGCCGUUGCGUUACCGCUUCAUCUCCAAACCCUACCAAUCUCAUCACUCUUCCUAAUCCACUCACUCCUCUCACUCUUUCUCCCUUUUCUCCCUUCGCCUCUGCUUAACCUAAUCAUCGCAUUCGGUUUCGCCGAAGAGUUUCUCUUGUUUUAUCUUCAACGAAAAGAUCCUACCGGAAUCGAGAAUCGGUAUUACGAUCUGUUGUUAGUUCCUAUUGCUGUUUGUGUUUUCUCUACUUUGCUUGAAUUGGGAUCUUACGAAUCGAAUGUCCCGAAAUUGGGACGGGGAAUCGGGCUUAUUUUGCAAGGGACUUGGUUUGUUCAAAUGGGAUUGUCUCUGUUUUCUUCCAAUUUUGUUGCGGAAGGGUGUAAUUUGCAUUCUGUUAGUAAAGGGAAUUAUAGUUUGAGAUGUAAGGGGCAUCCUGAGUAUCAUAGAGCUAGAGCGAUUGCGACGCUGCAGUUUAAUUGUCAUCUUGCUCUUAUGGUUGUUGUGCUUGUUGCUUUUUAUUCGUUUACUUGUGGCAAAAUCGGAGAUUUGGGUCGUAAUUCGACUGAGGGUUUGAAGUAUACGCCGCUUGGUGCUGAGAUGCAUUCUUUGGAGAAUUCCGUGGAGAAUUUUACGUUGGAUUCUGAUGAGGAGGAGGAGGAGGAGGAGGUUAAGGAUGGUAAUGCGGGUAGCGAGAAGGUGAUCAAUGGUGUUAAUGGUAAUUCUUCUUAUCAUUGAAACUUGAACUUGUUUGUUGUGUUUUAGAUUCGGGUAAAAGCAAUGGGAUGUGUUAGUUUACUUUGUGUAGAGGGGUUUUUGAUUUCUACUUUCUAGUUGGGUUUUGGGUGUAUCUUUGUAAUAUAAUGUUGUUGACUUCGAAUAAUAUAUGUGAUUUCUAGUAGUGUUGAUAAGUGUGGAUCAUAGAAAACAACAGGUUUUUUCAAGUUCUGCUAUGCAA